AUUGCCUGGAGCUUCAAACGAGCUCCAAACUCACGCCCAUCUCGCACCCCGCAACGGCUGUCUGCCCUCUCUCCAUACCCUGAUACUCCGCCAACUUUCCAGUACUGCAUCACACAUCGCCAUGGCUGACAGAUAUUCCUUCUCGCUCACCACCUUCUCGCCCAGUGGAAAGCUGGUACAGAUUGAGUAUGCCCUCAAUGCUGUCAACCAAGGCGUCACUUCGCUAGGUAUCAAGGCCACAAACGGUAUUGUCCUUGCGACCGAGAAGAAGUCAUCGUCACCCCUCAUCGACUCAGCAUCGUCAUCGAAGGUUAGCCUGGUAACACCAAACAUCGGCAUGGUCUACUCAGGCAUGGGUCCAGACUACCGUGUCCUCGUCGAUAAGGCCCGUAAGGUCUCACACACCGAAUAUAAGCGCAUCUACAACGAAUACCCACCCACCAGGAUAUUAGUGCAGGAUGUAGCGCGAGUGAUGCAGGAGGCGACACAGUCGGGUGGUGUCAGGCCGUACGGUGUCAGCUUGUUGAUUGCUGGGUGGGAUGACGGCAUUGAGCCAGAGGCUGAGGGCAAGAGCGACGAGCAGAACAGCGAAGAGAAGAAGAAAGUGAGCGGCAAGACCGGCGGAAUCUUGAAGGGCGGGCCGAGUCUGUACCAGGUCGACCCCAGCGGCAGCUACUUCCCUUGGAAAGCAACGGCAAUUGGCAAGAGCGCGACGAGCGCGAAGACCUUCCUUGAGAAGCGGUACACAGACGGUUUGGAGUUGGAGGAUGCCAUCCACAUCGCCCUUCUGACACUGAAGGAGACGAUAGAAGGAGAGAUGAAUGGCGACACUGUCGAGAUCGGCAUCGUUGGACCGCCGGAGGAGAGGCUGCUCGGUGUUGAGGGUGUCGAAGGAGCAGUGGGCCCCCGCUUUAGGAAGCUGAGCCCCUCUGAGGUCGAAGACUACCUGACGAAUCUGUAGAGCUUAGAUGUAUCUGUGUUCGAGUUGCUACCUUCCCCGGGCUCUCGAGCGCUGUCAAAGAGUGAUUUGGGCUGGCGCGGACGGUAAUACGCAAAGACCAUAGAGACGAGCCGACCUGAUGUAGCAUUUAUGAAAACCACGAC